AUAAGGAUGUGAAGGACAUUCCUGUCCCCCCUGGCCAGUCCUUCACCUACAGCUGGAGGAUCACCACUGAGGAUGGGCCAACGCAGGCAGAUCCUCGCUGCCUCACCCGUUUUUACUACAGCUCUAUCAACCCGGUCCGAGACACGGCCUCAGGCCUGAUUGGGCCCCUCCUGAUCUGCUUUAAGAAGUCCAUGGAUCAGAGGGGAAAUCAGAUAAUGUCAGACAACACGAGGUUGGUGCUGUUUUCGGUCUUCGAUGAGAACUGCAGCUGGUACCUGGAGGAGAACAUCAGGCGGUUCUGCACCGAUGCAGCCCAUGUAGAUACCCAGGACCCCCAGUUUUACACCUCCAAUGUGAUGCACACUAUCAAUGGCUUUGUGUUUGACAAUCUCCAACCAAAACUCUGCCUGCAUGAAGUUGUGUAUUGGUAUGUCCUGAGUGUCGGGGCCCAAACAGAUUUCCUCUCCAUCUUCUUCUCCGGAAACACAUUCAAGCGCAACAUGGUCUUUGAGGAUGUGCUUACCCUUUUCCCAUUUUCUGGAGAAACGGUCUUCAUGAGUUUGGAAAAGCCAGGUGUGUGGACACUGGGGUGCCUGAAUCCCAAUUUCAGAGACCGAGGGAUGCACGCCAAGUUCACAGUCUCGCAAUGCCACCAUGAGCAAUACUCUGAUGGGGAAGAUUAUGAUUUCGAGGACGAGGAGGGUGCCUUUGACUUCCAACCCAGGGGCUUCUCUAAAAGAAAGAGAAGGCUCAGGCCAUGUGUGAAUGAGCAACUGGACAAUAUCACCUCUACCAGAAAUGAGACUGAGAAGCCAAGGUUGUGCGUGACAGAACCCAGCCAUGUGGCCCUCCUGAGCAAUGGCACGAAUCCCCCUUCCAACGGCACAUCAACACAUUUGGGAACAAUCCCACAUCCACCUGAUAUUUCCAUGUCUUCCCUGCCAGAGACAAGCUAUGACCCAGUGUCCUAUGAAUCCUUCCUGAAAGAUGAACAAGAAUUGUCAAAAACCAUCAGCCAGAAUGAAGGGUUUGGAGCUCUCCCACCUAGAGAACGCUUGGUGAGUGUCAGUGAAGGGGUCCAUGGUGCUGUGACCUCCGGAGAAUAUCAGCAAUGGCUGCACCAAGCCACACAAGCUCCAGAAGAUGCUCUGGCAGGACAGAAGGUGACAAAAGCCUCGGAGGUCCAAGAGCCAGUAAAAAGGACUAUGGUCCAGUCUGGUGGUACAUCAGAGAUCCUGGAAGGAGAGCCUCAAAAGACAAGUUUGUGGGACUCAAUUACUUAUUCCAGCAAAGCUCCUCUUCAAGAGAACAGGAACUCAUUUUAUGAGAAUGACUUGGAGAGCAAUCUGGGACUUCAAGACGUGUUUUCACAGGGUGCUGAGGACAACCUGCUAGGAGCGACUAAUGAAAUAUCCUUAAAUCUAUAUGAGCCAAAGGAGACAAUCACCACAGAACCAGCUUUAAGUACUGAUCCUAACUCUUCCUCCACGCUGGACAAUCUUUCUGCAUCUUCAGAUGAGACAGCAGACAACAGGACUUCUCAUGCAGUGGUUCACAGAAAAAGCAAUUAUACAUCAAAUGAACUCAAUGCUAGGCUGGAAAAAAGACUUCACAAAGGGGUUUCGCAAGGCUCUUAUGAACCUUUUGAAGGGAAAAAUGUUUCUUCCUCAAACCUGGGGCUCAGCAAAGCUGUACAACAAAUCCUCACAGAUGAGAGUAACUCCUUGCCUGCAAAGAGUGGAUCAGAACAAGAAGCCAGUGAACUUGCCAAAGACACAAGAAACAACCUUCUGGAAACCACCUUUGCACACACCAAUGACCUUGAGCCUUCCAACUACAUAAUGACGGAAGAGAGGGAUGAAUUAAUCUUGGAGGCAGUGUUUCAGGAUGGUACAGCUGCUAAGGAAUUGCCAGAGAUGGAUAGUUUUGCCUUUCCUGAAUCAAAUGUCGUGGCCAAUGCUUUCUUAAACAGCCCUGAGCAGUUUCUGAGACACAGAGCUCCAGCUCCAAAUGUGAGUAGCCCUGACCAUGGGCCUCGACAAGACAGGUCACUGGAGAGCAGAGGCUUGGUGCAUGGUCUGGGUCUUCCCAACACCAGCUGGCCCGGCAGCAGGGAGCCCCUCUCUGAGAGUAACAGAGCAGAGCAGGACCUGGCCAGCCAGACCCCUGAGACAGCAGUGAAUAAGAAAGCCCCAAAGGCCAAUAAGAUAAUGGCAACAAGCAGCUCAGAAACACAAGCUGCUGUUGUGCCUGCAGACCUGGCCUCAAACUGGGACCCAGUCUCCCUGGGAGAGCGGAGCCCAGCUUUGGCCGAGCUGCAGUCAGACAGAGGUGCUGUCAGGGGGACUUCUGGGAGCGAGCCAGCUGAAGGGAGGAGCCAGAUGGAGGAGGAGACAAACUCUGUGGAGCAGCUGGGUCAGUUCAGUCCUCAGCAUCCGCAGGUCAGGGCCAAUGCCACAGAGAAAUAUGUACCUGAGAACAUAUCUGGUCAAAGCCCAGAAGAGAUCCUUGUGAAACCCGCCUCCAAAGAGAACUAUACCCUGUCUCCAAGCAGCCCCCUUCUCAAUAACAGCACUGCCAAAAAAAGAGACGAAUAUGUGCAAGCCAGUCCUGAUGGAUGGCAGGUGCUCAGUGGGGAAGAUGUCCUCAGAGAAAAUGGGAAGAGGGAGGGCCAUGGCCUAGGAGAGCUCAAGGAGGAUGGGGAAAGCAACAGCACAGCUGGGAAGAGGAACCAUGCCCCAGAACAUAGGGAGAGACAGGCUCUGAACAACAGGACCCAUUCCAGCCCCUCGAGGGCAGACAAGCUGGACUAUGACGAGUACAGCGACGCAGAGCAGACCAUGGAGGAUUUCGACAUCUAUGAGGAAGAGGAGCAUGAUCCACGCUCAUUCCAGGGGGAGAUACGGCAAUACUUCAUUGCAGCAGUGGAGGUGAUCUGGGAAUAUGGGAACCAGAGACCCCAGCACUUCCUAAAAGCCACGCACCCCUGGAGCGGCAGGAGGAAGCCUUUCCAGCAGUACCGCAAGGUGGUUUUCCGAGAGUACAUGGACAGUUCCUUCACACAGCCGCUGCAGCGGGGAGAGCUGGACGAGCACUUGGGCAUCCUCGGGCCGUACAUCAGGGCAGAAGUUGAAGAUGUCAUCAUGGUUACGUUCAAGAACUUGGCCUCACGGCCCUUCUCCUUUCACUCCACACUGCAAGCCUAUGAGGAGACACAGGGUGCAACACAGGGAGGAGAGGUGGUGCAUCCUGGCGAGGUCCGCAAGUACUCCUGGAAAGUCCUGCCCCAGAUGGCACCAACCACGCAGGAGUUUGACUGCAAGGCCUGGGCUUACUUCUCCAAUGUGGACCUGGAGAAGGACCUGCACUCGGGCCUCAUUGGGCCACUGAUCAUCUGCCGCCGGGGGGUGCUGAGCUUCGUUUUCGGGCGGCAGCUGGUGGUGCAGGAGUUCUCCCUGCUCUUCACCAUCUUUGAUGAGACCAAAAGCUGGUACUUCCUGGAGAACAUGAAGAGGAACUGCCGCCCACCCUGCCACAUCCAGCAGGACAACCCUGACUUUAAGAGAAACCAUUCCUUCCACGCCAUCAACGGCUACGUGAGGGACACACUGCCUGGGCUGGUGAUGAGUCAGCAGCAACGGGUCCGGUGGCACCUCCUGAACAUGGGCAGCACUGAGGACAUCCACUCUGUCCACUUCCAUGGGCAGCUGUUCAGUGUCAGGACGAACCAGGAGUAUCACAUGGGCGUCUACAACCUUUAUCCAGGUGUCUUUGGGACGGUGGAGAUGAGGCCCUCACGUGCUGGGAUCUGGCGGGUAGAGUGCAAAGUGGGAGAGCACCAGCAAGCUGGGAUGAGUGCUCUCUUCCUCGUGUACAAUCCGAACUGCCGAAAUGCCCUCGGCCUGGCCUCAGGUCACAUUGCGGACUCUCAGAUCACAGCAUCAGGGCAGUACGGACAGUGGGCUCCUCACCUGGCCAGGCUGCAUAACACUGGCUCCAUCAACGCCUGGAGCACCGGACGCAGCAACGCCUCCAUCCAGGUGGACCUUUUGCGUCUCAUGAUUAUUCAUGGCAUUAAAACCCAAGGGGCCCGACAGAAGUUCUCCAGCCUUUACAUCUCCCAGUUUGUUGUCUUCUACAGCCUUGAUGGGCAAAGGUGGAAGAAAUACAAGGGGAAUGCCACCAGCACCGAGAUGCUGUUCUUUGGAAAUGUGGAUGCAACCACAGUGAAAGAAAAUAGCUUCAACUUUCCCAUCAUAGCCCGGUACAUCCGCAUCAAUGUCACCCACUACAGCAUCCGGCCCACACUGCGCAUGGAGCUCAUCGGCUGCGACCUCAACAGCUGCUCUAUGCCACUGGGAAUGGAGAACAGAGGGAUCCCUGACCAGCGCAUCUCUGCAUCCUCCUACAGCACCAACGUCUUCUUCAGCUGGUCGCCCUCCCAUGCUCGCCUGAACCUGCAGGGCAGGACCAACGCGUGGAGGCCAAAGAGCAACAGCCCCAGCGAGUGGUUGCAGGUAGACUUUGAAGAAACGAAGAAGGUGACUGCAAUCAUAACCCAAGGUGCCAAAGCUGUCUUCACCCACAUGUUUGUGAAGGAGUUUGCCGUCUCCAGCAGCCAGGAUGGUGUGCACUGGAGCCCGAUCCUGCAGGACAGCAAGGAGAAGAUUUUCAAGGCAAACCAAGACCACACAAACACAGUGAUGAACACCCUGGAGCCCCCACUUUUCGCCCGCUAUGUGAGGAUACACCCCCGCUGGUGGCACAACCACAUCGCCCUGCGGAUAGAGUUCCUUGGCUGCGACACCCAGCAGGAGUACUGA